GACGGAUUUAUCCCAUCUGGGCUCGCCCCGUUGAGCUCAAAGUAAACCAUCCGUGCUGCCCAUUCUCGCUCCAUCUGCUAGCUCCGCUUCCAAACCUCAACCCUAGCUGCUCCUCUAGCCCGAAAGCUACCCACAUCAACCAUGGCUUUCGCUGUCAGCAGCCAGAAGGCUAUCGCCAGCUUCAAUGGCUUGAGAGCCGCCCCCGCUAAGGUCGCCGUCGCCAAGUCCGUGGUGUCCUUCGCCCCCCGGGCGCAGAGGCUCUCCAUCUCCUGCGCUGCGUCCGCCGACACCCUGACGAAGGUGCGCGGCAUCAUCGCGCAGCAGCUGGCCGUUGAGGUCGAGAAGAUCACCGCCGAGGCCAAGUUCGUCGACCUCGGCGCCGACUCCCUCGACACCGUGGAGAUCAUGAUGGCUCUGGAGGAGCAGUUCGACAUCACCCUGGACGAGGAGGGCGCCGAGAAGAUCUCCACCGUCCAGGAGGCCGCCGAUCUCAUCGAGGAGCAGGUUGCCAAGGCCUAAGCCGCCCUGCCACUAGCCCAGGGCAUUUUUGUUGCCUGACAUGCUGUCAUUCACUUUAAGAUAUGUUCAAAACUAGAAGCCGAGUCUGACUUUCCACAUAAAAUAAACCUGAUUGCUAUCUAAACCUCCAGGACACACGUGGUUCUGAAGGGUGUGUUCUUGACCCUUGUCAAUCGUUGGGAAAGGAGGCUUGACAUGGGGAGUGGAGUUCUCUGCCUGUGUCAAACUAGCUGACUGCUCAGGGAUAUGAAACGAAGCUUGUGCCCAGCCAAGAACACAUUC